AUGAUGGAAGAAGGAGAGAAGAAGAAGACGACGCCAUACCGUCAGGAUUCUCGUACAGGGGCCACAGAUGCGGUCGAAGAGACUCGUGACCAAAGCAAGAAACCAGGAGAGGACGGGUACUCUAUGGAUUACCUUCAAGUCAAGGUCACCACACAGACCUCGUUGUUUCCCACCACCGCCGCCGCCUCGCUCACCGUCAUUGUAGCCACCGCCAUCCACCGGCCUGGACGUCCAAUCACGCGCGGGUCAAUUGGCGUUCGACUGUGCAAGGCUUCGGGGAGGCGGAGUGGACGCUCAUUGUAGCUCGGACUGGGCCCAAUUCCUGUCCGGGCCGGUUAGUUCAAUACGAGAGGAUGGCAGCGAGCCCAUGGCGAAAG